UUAAGAUUUUAUUUUGAAGUUGAGACAACCACUUUGAGAUAGGUUCAUUAUACUUCGAAUGUUACUUCUGCCAGGUGUUUUUUAAGUGAAAAUAGUUUUCUUAUUGUGUUCUUCUCUUUUGAGAACGGAAGUAUUUUAUCAAAGAUAUCCAAUCAGCAACAUCUAUUUUACGGCAGCUGCUAUCGUCGGAAGCAAUGGCUGUGAAUCCAGGUCAAAGCUACAGAAAGGCCAGCUCAAGGAUGCCUAAAGUAGCGAGUGAAAAGAGAUCUGAAAAAAAUGGCUGGGGAAACGGUCAGCUUUUUGGAAGUGAAACCAAUGAAAAUACUUUCCAAGGAGCUGGUUUUAAAGAUAAGGAGAAAGCAUUAGAGACUAUAAGGUUACUGGAAGGAAGAGACAUUACGUAUCAAUACCAAAUUAUUAAUUCUAUGUACAACAGAGCUAAAGUUAUUCUCAGAAGAACUACAGACAAAGAUAAAAGAAAUAACCUCACAGAGGCAAUUGAUACUUUUGAAGCAUGGAUCGAUGAUUAUAAGUCAAACUCGAGAUCCAAAGAAAAUUUUUCUUAUCUCUCUUUGGAUUUAGUUGAAGGUUAUGAACCUUUGGCUAAACAUCAUGGACUAGAAACUGACUUUCUGACCAUAUACAAAGAAGUAGAUGGGGACCUGAAAGCUCUCAGAUCUAAAAAAGUAACUGAAAAAGAUAUCACAUGGGAUGUAGAACGAAACAGGAGGUUGAAGGAAAUAGCCCCAGAAUUGAAGGAAAACGGUGUCUCUCUUUAUGAAUCAGAAGGAGAUUUUCGAGGUUUGCCAACACUUUCUCACACAAAAGCCAUAAUCCUUGGUUACAGCCCUGAUCAGAGUAAAUUGAAAAAAUGUUUGUCUCUUGUAAAAGAAAAAUUGAGCGCUUGAAACAAUACAUGUAAAAUAGGUUUUUACCAUUUCAUUACAGCUGUCUGUUGUUUUCAGAAUUUGUUUAUUCCUGUUUCUAUUAAAUAUUUUGGGAUCAAAGGAUUAAUUAUAAUAUUUAUUACAUAUUUAGGUUAAUGUGUUUUAAAACAUUAGUUUAUGCUUUUAUUAAAUAUUAAAUUAUAAGUAAAUUUAAUUGUUGUUUUUUAAGUCAAUACAGUUGUAUAUUUUAAAAAAUAAAUAUUGAAAAAAAUUAUAAGUACAAUCACUAACAACGGGUAUUAAUUUAAGUUAUAAUGAAAUAAAAAUAUAAGUUUGUUACAAAUGGACUAAUAUAAGUUAUAAAUUUUAAGAUAUUUUAUUAAUGUGACAUAUAAAUUAUUGGUUGCCUAAAGUUAUUGUGAAAUUCAGUUGGUGAUUUUGAUGCGGAUACAUUUUUAAAUAUUGUAUAUAUUAUUUUAAAUAUUAUGCUGAAUAAAAGCUAAAAAUAGGUUUAUUAUACA